AUGGUAGUCUUUGCGAAUGACUGUUCUGAAGAAGAGUCAGAAUAUGAGGGUUCUAAAGAUGAGUCAGAGUUAGAAGAUGACUCUAAAGAUAAAGAUGAGUCAGACUCUGAAAGUGACUAUGAAGAUGAAGAAGACUCUGAAGGCAAGUCUGAUUCUGAAGGUGAAUCUGAUUCUGAUCCAGAUUCUGAUGAUGAUCCAGAAUCUGGAGAUUCUGAUUCUAAAGGUGAUGAUGUAGAUGCCACAACUUUUAAGCAGUUGGUUGACUCUCUAAGGUAUUUGUGCAACGCCAAACCUAACAUUUACUAUAUAGUUGGAAUGGUUAGUAGGUUUAUGUGUAAACCGAAGUGGUCUCAUUACCAAGUUGUUGUCAGGAUUUUGAGGUAUAUUAAGGGGACUCUGAAGUAUGAAGUUUUGUUCUCUUCUGGUGAAAAAGUUAAGUCAAAACCGAUGUAUUACUCGGACUCUGAUUGA